AUGGCAGUGGCCCGGGGAGUCGGAAGCCCGGAGCCAGCGCCAACGCCGCUAUAUACCGGGGGGCCGCGGCUCUGGGGGGAGCCCGGCUGCGCGUGGACCAGGAGGCGAAGUGCCGCCGCCGCUGGGCCCCCGACCCCUUCGCCGCCGAGCGCCCCGAGCCGAGAGCCCAAGGUUGGGUGCGCGGGGUGCGGGGCCCCUGCACUGCCGGCCCCCUGCCGCCCGCGCGCGCCCCGGCCCAGCGGCAAGGCCCCCCGUGCCCGCCGCCGCCGCCGCGCCAUGCUCCACCCGGGCGACUUCUCCGCUCCCGACGCGCCGCCGGCCAAGUCCGCGGAGGGCUGUUGCGCCCAGGCCGGCGCAGAACUGUCCCAGCCGCCCGCCAGGGACGCGCCCGCGGCCGCCGGCUACUCCGGAGCAGGUGACUUCUUGAGCUGGGCUUUGAGCAGCUGCAGCGCCGGAGGGGACUUGGCCGACUCCUGUUGCCUGGAGGGGCCCGGAGAGCCCACCACCCCGCCCGGCCUCAGCUACAGCGGCAGCUUUUUCAUCCAAGCGGUGCCCGAACACCCGCACGACCCCGAGGCUCUCUUCCAUCUCAUGUCGGGCAUCCUCGGCCUGGCGCCUUUCUCGGGCCCGGAGGCGCCGGCGUCCCGGUCUCCGCUGGACGCCUCGUUCCCUGGAGGCGCUGACACCUUGCUGCCCACCCCGCCGGACCUUUACGCCCCGGACCUGGGCGCGGCCGCCUUCGGGGACGCCUUCUGGGAGGCUUCGCCGCCCUCGGGCACCCCCUCGCAGUGCCUGUUCGAGCCCCAGCUCUCCCCACCCGACGUCAAGCCGAGCCUCCGGGCUCCUCCGGGCUCUCCGUCUCUGGACGCCGCCGCCUCGGCCUUCAAAGCGCCCUAUACGCCCUGGGAGCUGCUGUCGGCCGGCCCCGGGAGCUGCGGGGCACCGGGGGCCUACCAGGCGGUCCAAGAGACCCGUUUUCCUCCUCUGAGCACCAAGAUUGAAGAUCUGCUCUCCAUCAGCUGCCCUGCGGAGCUGCCAGCCGGCGUGGCCAGCAGACUCUACCCCACGGGCGCCUACGACGCGUUCCCGCUGGCCCCGGGAGACUUGGGGGACGGGACCGACGGCCUCCCGGGUCUCCUGAGCCCUCCCACGCUGGAGGGAGGAGGAGACGGCGGCGAGUUUCUGGCCGGCACCGCGCCGGGGCUUUCCCCGCUGGGCCUCCGCAGCGAGGACGUGCCUGGGAACGGGCACGCCGCGCCCGAGCCUCCCGGGCCACUGCUGCUGCCACCGCCACCGCCACCGCCACCCGCCGCCAAGACGCGACGCAAGGGGCGCCGAGGCGGCAAGUGCAGCGCGCGUUGCUUCUGCCCGCGGCCGCACGCCAAGGCCUUCGCCUGCCCGGUGGAGAGCUGUGUGCGCAGCUUCGCGCGCUCCGACGAGCUCAACCGCCACCUGCGCAUCCACACGGGCCACAAGCCCUUCCAGUGUCGCAUCUGCCUCCGCAACUUCAGCCGCAGCGACCACCUCACCACGCACGUGCGCACCCACACGGGCGAGAAGCCCUUCGCCUGCGACGUGUGCGGCCGUCGCUUCGCGCGCAGCGACGAGAAGAAGCGGCACAGCAAGGUGCAUCUCAAGCAGAAGGCCCGUGCUGAGGAGCGGCUCAAAGGCCUGGGCUUUUACUCCCUGGGGCUCUCCUUCGCCGCCCUGUGAGUAGCCAACUGCUGCUGGCAGGUUAAAGGCGCCGCCGAUCGGCGCAUGCACGCGGGAAGACUUGGUCUGUCUGCUCCCCUCUGCUCCGAGCCGCUCCUCUUUCCCGGGUUUCGGCUCUCCCCCCAUCCCCGGGACUGGCCUCCGAGACUGCUAGCAGAGCAUCCUUCGACGCGCCUGCCGCGCGCGCACCGUUCAGCACCAUUCAGCACCGACUCCGUGGACAGCUCCCUGGCCCUGGCUUGGUCUUGGCUCUGCCUCUCUUCCCGGAAAGCCC